AACAAUAACAAAUCCACGCGGUUCUCGAUUGCAAAGUACGGCUUUUUGGAUCAUCGUGGUUAAUUUUCCUCAAAUUAAGCAUGGCGAAAAAGGGAAAGGUGGAUGAGGUGGAUUCCUCUGAUGAGGAGAUCUCUUCUGACGUCGAGGAGUCUGCAGAAAGCAUGGACGAGGAGACGGAUUCCGGUGGAGAAUCUGAUUCAAAUGAUGCUAGUGUUGAAGCAGAAACGAAGCCUAAAAAGUCUAAAGAGAAAGAGAAAAUUAAUGCCAGAACGCUUACAGACCAGCAGCUGAUUGUGGAGAUUUCCAAGUUGAAGAAAAUUGCCAAAGUGUGUAAAAUUCACAUUAUUCAAUCGUUAAUUCGCAAAGCAAGGAAACUGCAAAGUCAAGUUGACAAAGAUCCUAAAAACAAAGAGAGAGCAGAUCUCCAGCUCGAGAGCAUGGAAGCAAUCAAGAGACUUGGAGUUGAGGAUGCUGUGAAAUUUGCCAUCACUAAUGACUUAAAGACUUGCCAAACUGUCCUGAGUUCUAGCACCAGCAAUACAAAACAAAAAGCCAUGGCAAGAGUUGCAAUUGAAGCUAAAUUGCGUCAGUACAUUACAGAAAUAGCAGCUAAGUACGACGGCUGGGAUGAAGCUGCCUCUAAAUUCUGCCCCGAAGCAAAAGUAACAAAGAAGAGGAAAUUCCGAAAGCGGAAGCCCAAAGCUGACAAAAGAACCAAGAAACCCAAAUCAAAACGUGCGGAAUCUUCCAAGAAGGAAAAAGCUGUGAAAUCAGUUGAGAAAAAAGUAGAUGAACCAGACGAGAAAAAAGAAGACAUCAUUGAUUUAAAACAUUCCAACAAAAUACCGUCAAGCACAAAAAUUGAGAAGGACAUAAAAGAAGCCAAACCAAAAACACCGAAACAGAAACUCGUAGAAGAAGCUGUAGAAAUCAAGAGUCCCUUAUUGAAAUUCUGCAAGAAAAGUCCUGUGCAGCCCAAAGUGGCAACUGCAGUUGUGAAGAAACUAGAAACUCUGCAAGAUUUGGAGCAACUCUUUCAUGGUACUGUUGCUGAAGAAAAUGGUGUCGAAAAUAAAGGCAAAAAAGAUUCGUUUUUCUUGUCAUCCGAUGGCCUGGAAGUUUCGAGCGACGAGGAAGUGCAGAAGGAUGAAUCCGAGAGCAGUGAAGAGGAGUACAAUGACAAGUCGUACCAGAGCAGAACUUACCACGCUCGAAACAAGGAACUGAAUGAACGAACAAGAUCCUCAUUUGGAGAUUUGCAUAGCAAUGCUAAGAAGGGGCAGAAGAGUCCUAAACCUCGAGACUCGGGAAAAGGAUUCAAGAAUGGAAAAUUGGGCAUUGAGAGAAGAAAUAAAAGUGGAGAUUACCAAGAGAAACAAAGACCACCUUCACAGGAGGCAGAAAAACUCCAUCCUUCGUGGGAGGCAAAGAGGAAGCAGAGUGCUAUUCAAAUUUCCACCACUCCGACAAACAAGAAAAUUAAGUUUGAUUGAAUUUUCUAAAAUUCCUAUUAAUGUUCAGACAAAAUAAACAUAACUUUGUA